CAAAGAAUUGACAACACUGUGCAGUUGAUAAAUUUUCAGUGGGCAAAUAAAUUUCGUUUGGUAGAAGAAAAAUAGUCGAAUUGCUCGUCGCAAUUGGACUCACAAUUCGAAGCAGUGCUUGAGGAUUAUUCAGAAUAUAAUAGAAAAUAUAGUUUUGAACUGUUAUAUAGUAACACGUUUGACGAAACAGCUAGCAAAUACAUAUAUAACCACACUCACUUUAAAAUAUUAAAAGAAAAACAACACGACAAAAUAUGUCGCAGAAUCAGUCAUAUUUUUGGCAAACCACCAGACACAAUGUCUUUCUCAAACGUUCAGCCAGAUUACAGAUGCUCAUAGCGAUGAUGGCCGUGCUGACAUUCUCUACGAUAUGCCAGGCGGAAGUGGCACGCAGAGAUGUUGACGAAAAUGUUGCCACAUUUGGUGUACCAAGCGCCUUCCCCGAUGACAAACAAUACAUGAAAGAUGCCAUGAAUGAAAAUGCAGUAAAUGAAUUAAAUGAAAGUGAUGCCACCAAAGAGACCAAAACUAAUUCCGGUUUUAUCGAUGCAUUUUCCGCAUCGAUAUCAGUAAUAUUAUUUACUGAAUUAGGUGAUAAGACUUUCUUUAUUGCUGCCAUUAUGGCGAUGCGCCAUCCGCGCUUAAUCGUCUUUGUUGGCGCCAUAUCAGCGCUGGCGCUGAUGACCGUACUCUCGGUGGUGUUUGGCAUGGCAGCUACCAUUAUUCCUAAGAUUUAUACAUAUUACAUUUCAACGGCGUUGUUUGCCAUAUUUGGCUUGAAAAUGAUCUACGAGGGUUACUUCAUGAAGGACAGUGAUGCGCAAGAGGAAUUGGAGGAGGUGCAAUCGACAUUGCGUAAACGUGAGGAUGAGUUGAUGCGUUCGAAGCGCGGCAAAUACGACGACGCUGAUGUCAAACGUAAGAACAGCAACUCAGACAAGGAAGAUGAGGGACUGGAACGUGGCGCUGGCGCCACCACUUCUAUCACCAGUGGCUGCACUCCCACCACCACCACCAUCGCUGUCGUCACACAAAACAUGAAUCCCGAUAUGUCACAUCGACAACGCAAACACAACAACAAUAAUAAUAAUUUAAAAAAUACUAAUAAACAUGGCUGUGAUGUGAGCAAGGAUGGCGCUGAUUCAGAUAAUAGCAGUUAUCAUGAAAACGAUAUCUUCCUCAAUGAUGUGAAUGGCGGUGUUGGUGUUGGUGGUGUUGGCCUUGGUGAUACCACAAAAAUAUCCACCUUCCAUAGCAGUCCCGCACUGUCAGCGUCCGUGCUUUCGAAUCAAACUGAACAAACGAAUUGUGAUGAAUUUACUAAUAGUCCAAAUAAGAUUAAUUUUAAGGCAAAUAAUGAUAGCGGUGACGAUGAAGGCAUUGACGAUGAUAUUGCGACCGUCGAUAGUGGUCAUGGUGGCACACCGAUACAUAAUAAACAUGGAAAACAACAAAUACGAGCAGGUAGUGUUGAUGAGCCGACGGCCAUGGUGCGUUCAGCAUCUGCUUCAGCUGUCGUUAUGUUGCACAACAACAACAAUAAGCAUGGAAUCAUUACAGGCACCAGUAAUAGUAUAACUAGUUUAAAUAGCCUAAGUCUCAACGCGAAUGGUGGCGGCAAUGGCGACGUAGUGGCUACGGUAGGCGUAGGCGGUGGCGUCGUCGGAGGACAGCCGAAUGGCGAAUUGAAGCAACUCGGUGGCAGCAAAAAGAGGUUGGAACGCUCCGCCAGCUUGGUGCAGGAUCCCGAAAGCGGUGUUGUACGCAAGAAUGCAAAGAAGAGUGCCACGCACAUCACCAUGCGCAUACUAAUGCAGGCUUUCACAAUGACCUUCCUAGCCGAAUGGGGUGAUCGUUCGCAACUCACCACCAUCAUUUUGGCUGCCAGCAAGAAUGUUUACGGUGUGAUUACUGGCGGUAUUAUUGGCCACUCCAUCUGUACCGGCUUGGCUGUGAUCGGUGGGCGCAUGGUGGCUGCUAAAAUUUCUGUGCGCACUGUUACCAUACUCGGUGGCAUUGUGUUUGUGGGAUUUGCAGUGUACGCUUUAAUUGUAAAACCAGACGAUAUUUAAAGUGCAACUUAUUGAAAAGGAACUAUAUUUGAAACGAAUGGACGACGGUCAAUGGAAAAUGAAGAAGCAUAGCAAAUAAUCUACUUUAGUUUCAUAUUAACAAACCAAUUCUAUAUAUUUUUUAAAGUGCUCAAAGUGAUUUACAGUUAGUUACGUAUACAGUAUACUUUUUCUGCGAUUUCAAUCUUUCACAACUAAAGUGCCUUUCUUUUGCUAUUUUGCAAUUAUGUUAUAAAUGAAGUUCACAAAAACAAAAACGAAAACAAAAAAUAAAUGCGAAAGCAAUAAGCAACCAUGACAUUUUCAGUUGGUUUAAAUAAAUAUUUCGAACAUUUUUCCCCCAAUUUUCAAUGGCUGCAAAACUCUUCUACGAUGCACUUAAAAAUAUACGAGUAUAAAUACUAGUUUCUUUUUGCCAAAAUUACUUAAUGUACCAGUCUGUGUUUUGUUUUGUAAAGCGAGAAGCUGAAAUAAGCUCAGCGUGUCAUAAGAAUUAUGCCAUUUUUGCAACAAAGAAAA